CUCGGCGGGCCGCUCUCAGCCGGACACCAGCGCUCCCAGUUACUACGGUCCUCUCAGCCGACCGGCCGUUCGCGCCGCCAUGGACCUCGCUUCCAUCUACGAGAGCCUUUCGUCGCUGAGCCCUGAAUCCAAUCACGGAGAGACUGAAUCCAGCCAGGGCUGGGCCUCCUCGCGGCACUGGAGCCUCAGCUUAUCCGACUCCAGCCCACCUGGAGUCGCUGCCCGACUUCCUGGCCGCUCCACCAGUUUAGUGGAGGGCCGAAGCUGCGGCUGGGUGCCCCCACCCCCAGGCUUUGCACCCCUGGCUCCCCGCCCUGGCCCUGAACUGUCACCCUCUCCCACCUCACCUACUUCAGCCCCCAGCACCUCAUCCCGCUACAAGACUGAGCUAUGCCGGACCUUCUCGGAGAGCGGGCGCUGCCGCUACGGGGCUAAGUGCCAGUUUGCCCACGGCCUAGGUGAACUGCGCCAGGCCAGUCGCCACCCCAAGUACAAGACGGAGCUCUGCCACAAGUUCUACCUCCAGGGCAGCUGCCCCUAUGGCUCCCGCUGCCAUUUCAUCCACAACCCCAACGAGGAUCUAACUGGCCGUGGCCACCCCCAUGUGUUACGCCAGAGCAUCAGUUUCUCGGGCCUGCCCACGGGCCGCCGAACCUCGCCACCACCAGCAGGGCUGGCUGGCCCGUCCCUGUCCUCUUGCUCCUUCUCGCCCUCCAGCUCCCCACCUCCACCACCUGGGGAUCUGCCGCUUUCACCCUCUGCCUUCUCUGCUGCCCCUGGUACCCCUGUGGCCCGAAGGGACCCGACCCCUACCACCUGUUGCCCCUCCUGCCGAAGGGCCACCCCCAGCAACGUAUGGGGGCUUGGGCCAUUGGGUAGCCUGGCUCGGAGCCCCUCUGCACACUCUCUGGGAUCUGAUCCCGACGAAUAUGCCAGUAGCGGCAGCAGCCUGGGGGGGUCUGAUUCCCCAGUCUUUGAGGCUGGGGUUUUUGGGCCACCCCAGCCACCUGCAUCAUCCCGGCGACUCCCAAUCUUCAAUCGAAUCUCUGUUUCUGAGUGACAAGUGCCUGCUGGGUACAGAACAGCUGGAUCUCAAGGGGGGUGCGUUUCUCUUGUGCUGUGGGCACCACAGGGACCCAGGGGCUGUGGAGAGCUGGUGUGGGGGUGACGCAAGCAGCCCCUCUCCCUCCACCAUAUAAAAUGCAUUAAUCCUCUCCUAACCCCAUACUGGGGCUGGUCCCCAGUGUGCAAGCUCAGUGUCCAUGGUAUUGGGAAGGAUGCUUUCUGGGACCCUUUUCUAAAAAAUGUAGCGAAUUUGAGGGAGGCAGUGAGUCCUUCUUCUCCCCACCGCUCCCCUACCCAAUGCUGUGAAUAACAGGCCCUCACUGCCUUCUCCCAAUUCUCCUACCCCCCUGAAGUUCCAGUGCCUGGUAGUGACUGGAGCCUUCCAAGGGGGAACCCUGGUGCUCAAGUUUCCCUCCAAAAUCAAGUAGCCAAAAACCGUUGCCAAAUCCCUUCACCCCUUCCUGCCCCCAACCACUGGGCCCUUUUAUUUAUGACGACUUUAUUUAUUCUAAAAGGUUUUAUAGUAUUUAUAUAUAUUGGGUCGUCUGCUUCCCUUGUAUUUUUUUUCUUCCCUUUUUGUAAUGCAAAUGAUA